GUAAACCUAUGAAAAUAUUUAGGUGUGCUGGUGCACUUACAGUAAAAAAUUGGGUGCACAGCUCCAAAUUUGGGUGCACUAAGGUGCACAUGCACCCAGUAUUUCGAGCCCUGUACAGGUGUACAAAACAUGUACAUACACGUCCUUUCUUUCUUGGAAUUUCCGUGGGUCUGGACUUCACUGAGUUCUGCACAAGACUACACUGAGGAGCAUCGUUGAAACUCGAAGUGGUGCGAACGUAUCAGGGAUUUCAUGGACUUUUGGAUAACAGCAGAGGUGGUGGAACAAGACUGAACUGGAACGGUUGGUUGUACAUUUUCUUGUCACUCUUUCUUGGAAUUCUUCAGAAGCAAAGCUGAAAUUCAAACGUGGAAGGGAACUAGGAAGUUCGAGACUGCAUGGACACAAAUGUACAGACAAGAUUGAACUGAAACGGUUGACUGGAUAUUUGAACUCACUCCCUCUCAGAAUUCUUCCCCAGACAACACUGUCACAAGUCACAGUCAACAAGAACAAGCAGCUGGCAUAAACACUAUGGAAACUCAGGAAGAACCAAGCGACCAAGAAGGCAGUCGACUGUGGCAGACACUCCGUGCCGGAUUUGGGGUGACCUUGGUUCUCGUCUGUACGAUUUUCUUCGCUCUAGCCGGAGACUUCAUGAAGCUAAGUAAUGCCGGAGGUUUCUCCUCUUUCCAGAUCAUUUUUCUGAACCGUACCACCGUCUUCGCGUUCAACCUCAUCCUUUUUGCGUAUGUACGACCUAGUUUGUUAGGAGAAACACGAAAGCAAACCGGAAUGCUCGUCAUAAUGGGGGUGGGGAGCAACAUUGCCACCAUUUUGUUAAUGUUCUCUAUCAUUUACGUGUCUCCCGGACAAGCGUAUAGCAUUAUACGCGGGUUAGGACCUGUGUUUACGACCAUAAUGGCACUGGUGUUCUUAAAAGAGACCGUUGCAAUUGUUAACCUGUGUGGGAUUGUUAUAUGUAUAGUUGGGGUUGUGUUAGUGGCUGUGGGAAUGCAGGAGAGAGAGACGCUCUCCGACGAACCAUCAGAAAUCGCCCGGUCGAUCCUUCUACCGUUGUUCGCGUCACUGAGUCUCUCCGCAAUGAUGGUCCUUGGACGUUCGCUACUGCGUCACACCGUGCACUUGUUCACGGUCGUGUUUUACAUCCAAGGCAUCGGGGUAAUCAUACUCUUACCCUUGAUGCUGAUUUUCGAAAACCCAGUCUGGAAGCUCGACUCCCAAACGUGGGCGUACGCGUUCGCUCACGCCGGUAGUUACAGCGCCGGCCUGUUUUCUCUCUACACAGGGUUAAAGUUAGAAAAGGCGGGGAUCGUGCAAGCGCUAGAAAACGGGGUGAUUCCCUUUUCUUUGCUGUUUGACUACGUGUUGUUGAAAAAGGAACCAACAUACAUGGAGGUUGGGGGAGGGGGGCUAGUGUUGGUGGGGUCCAUCAUUGUUGGGACGUACACAUGGUGGCUGAACAGGCAGGAGGAACGAAGGAAAAAACUGCAGAACGAACUCAACUUUGGGGACAAAAAAAGCUAUACAAUGGGAGUCUCAGAAGAGAACUUAUCAGGGAAAACAUCAUAUAAAAAAUAAUCUCUUUCUCUUCUUCUCAAAU